CAAUGCAAGUAAAUAAACAUGAUCGUGACAUUUUUACCGUUUUAAGUUUAUCAAGAAAAACAUUUACAGCCAAAACACCAUGGAAGUAACAAGAACGUUAUUUGGUUUAUUUAUUACGACCACGUUUUUAUCAACUUCCUAUGGACAAGAGAUUGGCAAGGUUGUCAUUGAUGGUUUUGGUAGCAGCAGUGACAUUUUAUCAAAUUCCUCAGAUUACUACUUUUCUGUAAACGAUGGAACGUCUCGAUAUCUUCAUGUAUCUAUAGUUAUUGUUAAUGCAGCCGGGGAUACAGUGGCUUUGAGUGAAACAGUUGCAGUAACGUGUGAGCAAAUUACAAGUGGAACAGGUUUUACGUCUGUAACUUUCUCUACUAUUACUUUUAAUGUUGGUGGAUCAACAUCAGGACAAGUUCAAAUCAGUCCAGUGACACCAGGCCGUUCAGUCAAUGUUCGUUGUUUUGGUCAGACCAAUUCUGUUGAUCCAGUCUGUCCCCAGACACCAACAUCAACAACACAGUUCUGUAAAACAACAUCAUUUAGUGAUAUAGUAUUGCUGCGACUUCAACCUCCACCAAUUGUUAGUUUCUGUGAAUUGGUUAUACAGAUAGCUAAUACUAAUAUUAAUAAUAAUGGUGAAUUUACUGUACGGCUAAGCGAUCCUGUUAUUGGUGCUCCUGUUGCAGUAUCAUGUAUUCCUGCUACUGCUGCCGGUUCGAUUACUAUGAAUAUACCAGUUGUUGUGGCUGCUGUUGGUUCUACUGAUGUACAGAUGGCAUAUACUGUAACAGCAACAGGAAGUGAUGUAAGUGUAAAUUGUAGUGCAAACUCACAAUCAGGCGGAAUUCAGUAUCAGACGACAAAUUCUGUUGAUCCGACAACAUCAACAGCAAGAUUUACUGUGGGAACUGGAACGAUUCAGUUGAUACCUGUAUUCACCCAGAUUCACACAACAUCAUUGGAGGUAUUUCUGGUAUUAGAUAAAGCUGUAACUGGUACUGGUGAUGUUAGUGGUGUUUGUCAGUCUGAUAUGGUAGAGACGUUAGAUGAGGCUAGAGCUCUAUAUGAGAAUCCAUCAUGUACACCACCAACUACUACAUCAUCAACAACUGAACCAACUACUGAACCUACUACCACCCCUCUACCAACAACAACUCCCCUGUUAACAUCAACAAUAUUUGAUAACUCAACGGUUGAUAUUAACGCAACAACUAUCAUACCAUCAACAACAUUUAUACCGAUAACAACCACACCACCAGACCUUACAUCACCAUGGACCAUUGAUGAGCCAGUGUUUCAGUUUGAGAGAGCUGAAUAUUACAAGACUUUUGUAUUGAGACGUCAGUUGGAGGUUAUAGGUGAUAUAAGAGAGUACGUAGUUAUCACAUGCUGCGUUCAAACACCCAGUAUUAACGAAUAUAAUGGUCAGACGGUUGCUAUGAUAGCAGAAGCAGAUUUAUCAGUUGAUCUUUGUUCAAACUGUACGGGAGGAGUUACUACUGGUGAGAGUGCCUCUGAGAGAAUUAUAACUAACCCAGCGUUUUUAGAAAUUGCACCAUGUCCCUGUGAUGUGACAUUUAAAGCUUGUGAUAUACAGUGCUGUUGUGAUGCUGACUGCACCGAUGAAGUAAAGAAUACUUUUAGUAGCUGUCUACCCGGUUUAGCGGGUGGAUUACCUGCCCCUGUUCCGGACAGAAGUUGUGCAUCAACAAAUCCAUUUAAAGAUGAUUGGUUUCCUUUGACUUGUGUUGUGUUCGAAGAAAAUGGCUUCCUAGGUUUAUUUCAUGAAAACCAACCAAAAAUCACUUCUGAUGUGGAGUUUAAUGGACGAGUUGCUAGCAAGAAAAAUCUCUUCACUCUUGGUAAAACAGAAGAAAGAUUAUGUUUUAAAUAUUAUGUUAGAUUUCCAAUAUGUUAG